UUUGAUUUUGAGGGAAAGGGGGUGCUGGCCGUCCGGGAGGGUUUCUGUUUGCCCUGGGGCUUGGAUGCCACCCCCAAGAGUGAAGUAAUCCUGAGCGACUCGGAGGCAGGCGCUCUCUACCGCCUGACAGCCGACUUCCAGAAAGGGGAGUUGAAGAACUGGUCUGGUCGCGGCUCGUCAGCCCGCGAGCCGAGAGCCGUCGCAGUCUGCCAGACCUCGGGUGCUGUCGCGGUAAUAGAGCACCUGAAAGCUCAAGGACGGAACAAGGGCAGCACCCGAGUGAAGAUAUUCAGCGCAGAGAUGGAUCUCAUCAGCCAGAUGGAUAGCUUCGGUCUGAACCUCGUUUUCCCCUCCAAAAUAUACGCUACGGCUGUGGCCUUUGACAAAGAAGGUCGUGUUGUAGUAACGGAUGUCUGUAGUCAGGCUGUGAUAUGCUUAGGGAAACCUGAGCAGUUUCCCAUCUUUAACCCUCUAAUUAGCCACGGGCUUUCUUACCCUGUAGGACUGACUUACACGGCAAACGAUUCCCUCGUCGUUUUAGACAGCGGUGAUCAUUCAAUAAAAAUAUAUAGCUCUACCUGA